GGUAUAAUUACAGUCACAACUCAGAUUGCCAUAAGUUAAUUAACAAUAUGCUGGUAGAGUAACUCAUACACAAUCCUGAGAAGCGUCCCUGCUUCUCUUGCUCCCACUCAGUUUUUGUUGUUCUCUCAAAACUUCAAAAACACUCUUACGUUGCUCUCUCUCUCUCUCUCUCCAUGUGUAUGCAUUUGUGUGUAAAUAACAAGAAAAGAUAGCAAAUCCAUGGCAACCAACAAGUUUGCAACCAUGUUGCAUAGAAACACCAACAAAAUCAUUGUAGCCCUAGUCUAUGCAUUCCUUGAAUGGGUCUUGAUAAUCCUCCUCCUCCUCAACUCUUUGUUCAGUUAUUUGAUAAAAAAGUUUUCCAUUUACUUUGGCCUUAAACCACCCUGCCUAUGGUGUUCUAGAGUUGAUCACUUCUUGGAGCCUAACAAGAUCAGAAACUCUUACAGAGAUCUUGUAUGUGACACUCACGCCACAGAAAUUUCCAACUUGAGCUACUGUUCAACUCAUCACAAAUUGGCUGAACCGCAUAAUAUGUGUGAGGAAUGCUUGGCCGACAGCUCCAUAAGAAGGACGCAGAGGAUUGCUUUUAUCUCAUUGGUGAGUGAUAACCAUAUUGAAAAUGGUGAAAAGAUUUUCAGGUGUUCAUGCUGCAACGAGAGCUUGAGCUGCAAAUUGUAUCCUCCUUUUUGGCUAUUAAAACCUUCUUGGGGAGCUUUGGAUCAUACCCAGAAAGACAAUUUUGUCAUAGAAGCGGUGGAUGAUGACAACAGUGAAGGUGAGUCUCCAUCAAAUCACAAGGAAAACGACAAUGAGAUCCAUGAAGACAACAGGGAAGAAAAUGAGCAUCAGAUACUUUCUGAUGUUGGAGGUUUUAGCUUCAAAGAAGUGGCAAAGGAAGAUGAGUCGCUUGAAAUAAUAAAUAUGCAUUUCAAGAAUUAUGCUGCAUGUGAGUUGAAUCGUUUAAUCCCUGUUGAGUUGAUUGAUUCUUCAACUACUGCAAACCAAGAAUCAUACAACCUGAAAGAGGAAGAUCUGAGAGAGCAUGAGCAUGAUCAUCGAAAUAGACCGUCUGAUUCUGAGGCACAGAUUGAAACAGAACUCAAUGUCUUAGCAGAGAGGGCAGCUGAAGGACAACUUGAAAGCUUGGAGAUCAGUGAGGGUGACAAUGACAAUCAUUCAACUCUAGAGGUGGUAGAAAGAAAACAAGAUAUGGUCGGUGAGGCAUGUAGACAAGUUGCUAUUACUCAAGAAGAAGUAGUAGUAGCCAUGGAAGAACCAGAUGAUCUACCAGCCAACACCUUGAUAGGUAAAGAAGUGUGUGAAGAAACAGUUUCUUCGUUGUCAUGCCGACAAGAAGAUCAGUCUUCCACUAAAAAUGAUGUUACUGAAAUUUCUACUUCCCCUGAUGUAUUUAUGGCUCAGAAUGACCUUGGUUUGAAGUCCAUGGGGAAAUCUACCCUGCAAGAGAAGACAAUUUUGGUUGAAAAGACUCAAGAAGGGAUAAACAAUCAUUUAUCCAUGCCUUCAGAGCCUAACGAAAUAGAGGAAGAGAAAUUUCCUGAUACACCAACUUCGGCUGACAGUCUCCAUUACUUGCAGAAGAAACUAUUACUAUUUGAAAAGAGAGAACCAGGAGCUGAAGAAUCUUUAGAUGGAAGUGUGGUGAGUGAAAUGGAAGGCGGAGAUGCAGUCAAUACCAUUGAACGGCUGAAAGCAGCACUAAAAUCUGAACGAAAAGCUUUAAGUGCUUUAUAUGCAGAACUAGAAGAAGAGAGGAGUGCAUCAGCAAUAGCUGCCAACCAGACAAUGGCUAUGAUAACAAGGCUUCAAGAAGAGAAAGCAGCAAUGCAGAUGGAAGCGUUCCAAUACCAGAGGAUGAUGGAAGAACAAGCUGAAUAUGACCAGGAAGCCUUGCAACUUUUGAAUGAGCUGAUGAUCAAGAGAGAGAAGGAGAAGCAAGAACUUGAGAAAGAGUUGGAAAUAUUUCGUAAGAGGGUCUUGGAUUAUGAGACGAAAGAGAAGAUGAGAAUGAUGAGAAGAAUUAAAGAUGGAAGUUUAAGAAGUAGAAACUCUUCUGCUUCUUGCAGCAAUGUGGACGACAGUGAUGAAUUAUCAAUUGAUCUGAAUCGCGAAGCAAAGGAUGAAGACAGUAGCUAUUCCGGCCAUCAAGAUAGCAGUCAAAACACUAGUCCUGAUAAUGCAGUCUUGAAUUUGGAGGAAAUUGCACUGGACUGUGUGAAGCAUAUGAGUUCUCUUGAUGAAUCCUUGGCAGAAUACGAGGAAGAGAGGCUAUCCAUUCUGGAUCAGCUCAAAGCACUGGAGGAGAAGCUAAUCACAUUAGGUGAUGAUGAAGGAUUUCUUGAGGAUGGGAAGUCAGUUGGGAAUUCCUCAUUGUAUGGUGUCAAAGAGUUUGAAGAUCAUGAUUUUACUAGUCCAGAAGAAAAUGGGAUUUCAGAUGGAUUUUUGAAGGAUAAACAUUAUCCAGAUGGAAAAACUAUGAAUUCAAUGGCAAAGAGACUCCUUCCUCUCUUGGAUGCUACCAGUAAUGAAAACGAAGAAGGGUUAUUAUUUGAAGAAAAAAGUGAAUCUGAAUAUGUUGAAAUGCAAAACUCCUUGGUAUCCAAUUUUGAACUGGAUGGCAAAAAACUAGCCAUUGAAGAUGAGGUAGAUCAUGUUUAUGAGCGGCUACAAGCUCUUGAAGCAGAUAGGGAGUUUCUCAAGCAUUGUAUGAGCUCCAUAAAGAAGGGAGACAAGGGAGUGGAUCUUCUUCAAGAAAUCUUACAACAUCUUCGAGAUCUCAAGGCUGUGGAAAUUCGCGUGAAGAACAUGACUGAUGAUCAUCUAGAUUGAAGUUGCAGAUGACUGCCACAAAUGAGAAUGACAAGAGAUUGCUUUCUCAGAGGUUUGUAAGAUGGCUCUUCAGAUGUAAGUGGUUAGCAAAACCACUUCAUACUGAGCACGACAAAAAGCUCAUCAAAAUCUAUGCCUUCUAGGGCUAGGAAGUCUCUUGAUGGAGAGGGACAUUCCUGAUAUGGUUUGUUUGAAUUGGUGCAUGAGAUGCAGGGUUCAGAAUUGAAGCCUGCCUCAAUUUUUUGUCUUUUGGAAUUGGGCCUACUACAAGUUUGGUGAGAAGCCUAAGAUUUUGCAGGACCUCCUCAUUACCACUUUUUCCUAAGCAACUGUGAAAGAUGUAGAGGAGCUUCUUCUCUGCCUGACCUUAGGCUUAGUGUGUAGGUCAGGACACUUGGGCCUCAACUUUUCUUUUUCUUUUUCUUUUUUCUUCUCUUUUAUAGUUUUAUUCCUGUUUCUUUCUUAGAGGAUGUGGGAGGAAAGAACUUAAAGAGAAGAGAAAAUUCUUCUCCUCCUCUUCUGUUGUUAUAUAGGCUUCCAGUGUCUGGAAGCCAGAGUUAUUUGUAUACCAAAUGUAUCAGCUGUCUAUAUUUUUGAGUGAGGGUUGUCAUUAAUGUUCUAGUUGCUUAUAUCCUUCAA